ACACACACACACACACACACACACACACACACACACACACAUUCUGGAUGGAUUUUCAUAUGAGACUGCGCACAUUAUGUCACUGGUCAAAGUUAAACCAGCACUUGAUCUGCUGCCUCUGCUGCAAUCGGUUUGAAAUGCUGGGAGAACCUAAGCAGCCAGAGCCUCACUCUGGAUUAUAAUCUCAGCUCAAAGGAAGUUUGGAGCGUAAUUUGCCAUUUGUAAUGGAGAACAUUGCAUGAUGAGAUCUGCUGGAGGGGAGGAGCCACGGGUUUGAUCUGAAGCUGAGGGGGCCGAGAGUUUAAAUGGUCAGAGACAGAAAAUGGGUUUGUGUCGUUCCUGUGGAGCCGAGGUGAAGAGAUGCAGAACAGGCAGCGAGCUGGCAGAGGGACGCUCUGCGUUCUCACCCAAGGAGCCCCAAACGCAACAAGAUUAUGAAGAUUUGACAUCUCUGCUGGGAAGCAAAACACUGUGGCUACAUAUUGAAAGCCAGGAUUAGUCGCCUUUUCAUUUCAUCUCUCUGGCCUGGCCUGGACCAUGAGGCUGGAGCGCGGCCGGCGAGCUUCCCUGGCAAUCAUGCUCAACUUUGUGGCUUUGGCUUUCGCCGUGUCAGCGGUGACCACCAGCUACUGGUGCGAGGGGACCAGGAAGGUGGCCAAGCCCUUCUGCUCCGGGCCGCCGGUCAAGAUGAAGCAGAUGUACUGCAUCCGCUUCAACAGCUCCAACCUCAACGACAGCCGGCAGGUGCAGUACAUCUUCGAGACGGGAGAGGAGAAGUUCAUCCUCAGGAAGUUCCACACCGGGAUAUUUUACUCCUGUGAGCAGGCUGCAGAUAUGAACGGAUUUGAUUGUCGAAAUUUUGCUGAGAUUGCACCUGAACAUCAAAGAGGCGUCCUGUGGCUGUGUGUGGUUGCAGAGAGCCUGUACCUGGCUCUGCUCUUCGUGGGCGGGGUUCUGAUGAUUCUGGAGCAGAGCUGCUGCUUCAGCGUCAUGAACAAGCUGAAACUCAGUGCCUUCGCCGCCAUGUGCACCGCCCUCUCAGGCCUUUGUGGGAUGGUCGCCCACAUGAUGUUCACCACCAUAUUCCAUCUUUCCGUCUCUAUGGGACCUGAAGACUGGAGGCCCAAGACUUGGGACUACAGCUGGUCUUAUGCCUUAGCCUGGUGUUCGUUCGGCACCUGCAUGGGCUCUGCAGUCACAACCCUGAACAGAUACACCAAGACCAUCAUAGAGUUUAAAUACAAGCGGCACAACAUCGAGAAGAACCUGCUGAUCAAGCAGAAGAUGAUGGAGCUGGGUCUGCCUGAGCAGGUGUGGAACAUGUACCUGACUGCAUCUCCGGCGGACCUGCAGGUUCUGCCAGAACCGCUGGUAAACGGCCACAAGCCUUCCACCGGAGCGCCGUACGUGUUUGAGGAGGUGGAGCAUCCACCGGAGCAGCAGGUGGAGGCGUACUGCUGAAGGAGGAGAACAUUUACUCUUCCUGCUUCACAGCCGAC